GGCCUUAAACUGCUCUUCUUCAACCUUUCACUUCUUGUAGAUUUGUCUCAGAUGCGUCAAAUUUGGUGUCAGAAUUGAGGAAGCUUGGAAUGUCUAUUCCCUAGGCCCCGCUGACUUUUCUCCCCUAGGUGACACACUCUCUCUCUAGCUCUCUCUCUCUAAAAUUUGCAGAGAGAAAGGCCUGCCGUCUUCCUUUAGCCGGCACGACCCAAUGGCGCAGCCACCGCUUGUCGCCACCACUGUCGUCCUCCUGUUUCUCAUCGCUCUCAACACAUCCCACCUCGUUCUCUCCGGCGAUCCCAACACUGUCCUCCUCCUCCGACAACCCCAUGCCGCCACCAAUCGCCACACCAUGUUCCUCCCUCUCUUCCCAUCCCAUCCCAACUCCUCCCGCAGCUCCGCCGCCGCCGCCGACCGUCGCCACCUCCAGGGAUCCGAACCUCACCACCCCAACGCUCGGAUGCCACUCUACGACGAUCUCCUCCGCAACGGUUACUACACCACCAGGAUUUGGAUCGGGACUCCUCCUCAGAAAUUCGCUCUUAUAGUUGAUACAGGGAGUACCGUCACGUAUGUUCCGUGCUCUACCUGUGAACAAUGUGGCCGUCAUCAGGAUCCCAAGUUCCAGCCAGAAAUUUCAAGUAGCUAUGAACCUGUAAAGUGCAAUAUAGAUUGCAACUGUGACAGUGAAAGGGUGCAAUGUGUUUAUGAGAGACAGUAUGCUGAAAUGAGUUCAAGCAGUGGAGUCCUCGGUGAGGAUGUUAUAUCUUUUGGCAAUCAAAGUGAACUUAGGCCACAGCGUGCUGUUUUUGGUUGUGAAAAUGUGGAAACUGGUGACAUUUAUAGUCAACAUGCUGAUGGCAUAAUGGGUUUGGGUCGUGGUGAUCUCAGUGUUGUUGAUCAGCUUGUUGAAAAAGGUGUAAUUAGUGAUUCGUUUUCCUUGUGUUACGGUGGGAUGCAUGUUGGUGGUGGGGCAAUGGUUCUUGGGGAACUUUCACCCCCUGCAGAUAUGGUUUUUACCCAUUCAGACCCUCUACGCAGUCCAUAUUACAAUAUUGAGCUGAAGGCGAUACACGUUGCUGGGAAGCCAUUGUCUUUAAAUCCAAGGGUUUUUGAUGGAAAACAUGGAUCUGUUCUUGAUAGUGGUACUACAUAUGCUUAUCUACCAGAAGCAGCAUUUGUAGCAUUUAAGGAUGCUAUCUUUAAAGAACUCCACUCCCUCAAGCCGAUUCCUGGUCCUGAUCCAAAUUACAAUGAUAUUUGCUUCUCUGGUGCUGAAAGUGAUGUCUCACAACUUUCAAAAACCUUUCCAAUAGUUGACAUGGUUUUUGGCAAUGGACAGAAGCUGUCAUUAUCUCCUGAAAACUACUUGUUCCAGCAUUCAAAGGUGCAUGGUGCAUAUUGCCUGGGGGUUUUCCAGAAUGGAAAGGAUCCAACCACUCUUUUAGGAGGAAUAAUUGUCCGCAAUACCCUUGUGACGUAUGACCGUGAGCAUGAAAAGAUUGGUUUCUGGAAAACUAAUUGUUCUGAGUUAUGGGAAAGACUUCACAUUCUUGGUGCUCCUCCACCGGCUCCCAUAUCUUCUAAUGGAACUGACUCGAAUGCAGAUAUGCCACCUACACUGGCUCCUAUUGGACCUCCGCAGUAUGUUCCUCCAGGGGAAUUUCAAGUUGGACUCAUCACGUUUUUUAUGUUGUUGAAUGCCAAGUACUCCGAUCUAAAGCCACACAUCACAGAACUUCCUCAAUUAAUUGCCCAGGAGUUAGAUGUUAAUACUUCACAGGUCCAUUUAUUGAAUUUUACAUCUAAAGGAAAUGAUUCUCUGAUAAGAUGGGCCAUUUUGCCAGCAGGAUCUGCUGACUACUUCUCUAAUGCCACUGCAAUAAAUAUUAUUGCGCGGUUAGCGGAACAUCGUUUAAAGCUUCCUGAUACCUUUGGAAGUUAUCAAUUGGUUGAAUGGAAUGUUGAGCCCCCUCCAAAACGGAUGUGGUGGCAGCAGCACUACUUGUUUGUGGUUGUAGCGAUCGUUGUUACACUAAUUCUGGGGUUAUCAGCUUCUGGGGCGUGGUUUAUCUGGAAACGAAGGCAGCAAUCUGUUAUUUCAUACAAGCCUGUGGACGGUGCUGUCCCCGAGCAGGAACUCCAGCCACUAUGAAGUCUGAACCCAUGAAAAAGUUGCUCCGGUGAUUUAUGCCAAGCAGUAUAUAGCACAGCAUUCUUUAAUCUAUAGUUUUGAUGACUGAUUUCUGCAGCUAUAGCUUCCAAAACUGAUCAAAAGGGACCACACAUGAGAAGGAACAAUUCAGGCUUUAUUUGAUGUUUUUUUAAACUGGGGCGAAAUGUAAAAGAGAACUGCUCCUAGCUUCAGUUCAUCACAUACAUAAAUUUGUAUGUGAAUAUUGUAAAAAAAAAAAAAAAACCCAUUGAAUUAAACCUUUGAUCAAUAAGGCAAAUUUAUAGUUUGUUGACCUCA